AUGGCUGAAGAUAAUCUAAAAAACCUUGCGUUUGGAUAUGGAGACACCAAUGCGAGGAGAAAUGACGCUAGCGAAGAAGAGGAAGAGAAAGGUGAAGAAAAACUGAACAGUGUUCAAUCUUCAGGAGCAAGAUUUAAUGGAGUUUCAAAUCACGCGCUGGAUAAAGAAAAAAACAGCGAGUCUGUACUGGACCCACUAUUCCCAAAUGAUGCUGUUUUACAGCCUAAGAAAAACAAUAUCAAGUCAGAAAAAACGACGUCAGAUUGGGAUAACGAUGACCUAACAGUAAAAGAAAAGAGGGGGAAGACGCAAAAGCGAGUCUUGAACACCCGGAAAAACCUUAGAGCGUUCAAAAAGUGCAUCGAGCUAUUAGAGGAACGAAUCGCCGUAAUGGAGGCGCGAUGGUCUAACAUGGACAAAAAACAAGCCGACCAAGAAAGUGAUGAGAUUGAAAGUGAAGAAAAUUCAAGUAAAAGUGGUGAUGCUGACGAUAGAUCCGAUACAAAUGCUCAGGGGAAUAAUAGCGCGUCUGGUACCAAAUGCACAUUCAAAUGUGCACAAGCACGAGCAGAAGUUUUGCCACAUCUGUGGAAUACCUAUAUUGCAUUAAAAGAGAGUGACUCAGAAGAUACAAAGGCGGCAAUUGACAUCCUACUUAGUGCUCGUCAAUCUAAAAAAGGCAGAACACGCCCGAGCUUAAGGAAAUCUCAACGCACGCAGCAAUCUCAAGUUGAAUUAGUGAAAGGGGCCGUUCCCCUCAAAAGUGUGGUGGAUAAUACGAAAGGAUGCCGGAUGCCUAAUCAAAUUCGCAUUAAUUCGAAGGCUUUGGCAGCCGUGCUUCGGGCCAUCAUCGACCCGGAUGGUGAUAAUUUGGAGGCUUAUGGACCAUUAAUCAUCCGUGCGCCGUACAAACCACUAAUCCACUACGGACCAGACAUUCGAAAACUUCUAGACGCGCUCAGAGUUGCAGAAGAACAAUCUUCCGAGCAUAAUGGAGGUCCUGAAGGUGCUUUUGCUCACAGCACCGGUAUUAGUCAUGUAUUCUCGGACGAUGAAAUCGCAUGUACAACGCCAAGACUAGUAGAAGAUGGAGAAGAUCAUUCUGGACACACGCAAGGGAAUUCACGAGCAGAUCUUCCAAGCUCCCAGAAAAGCGUUUAUACAGAGGAAAACUUGAACAAGCCUAUGGCCGAAGAAUUGGCCAAAAAGACGAAGGAAGUCACCGCCGUUCACGAAAGCCCUUACCAUCAAGUUCUUCGUAACAUGGGAUUCCCGCUUUCGAGCUUGGAAUGUCCCAGCUGCACCGGGUCCGUACUGCCACAUCUCCAAUGCCUGGUUGAAUUCAUGGACAUCUGGUUGGAGCCUAUUGUGCAAAGAUUGCGUAAUCGCACUAUAAAAAAGGUACGAUUCGUUGAUCUCUGGCAUCUAUAUCAACCAGGUGAUCUCGUGGUUGAGCGACGCCCAAAAGCAAAGACUUUUGCGGAGAUGAGUCACCGUCUUUGCAUGAAGGUACUUCGCACAACAGGCGGAAAUUGGAGUAAAUCGGGGCGAGCAGAAUUUCCUGAUGCCGACAUUCAGGAUGAUGAUGAUGAUGAUGAUGAUGCAAUUGAACACAACGAUAGGAGUACUUUUUACAUUGAGGCGUAUUACGUCGACUACGAUGGUAGUAAAUUUGUACCUGCGACGAGGCUAUUUCAAAUCAACCCUUUCCACGGCGAACGCCCUAUUCUUGAUCUCGAGCUCACUCCUGCGGAUCCUCAUGAAAACAAUGAUUCGAAUAUCAGGAAUAUGACAGAGCGGGGCGCUUUAUUUGCUUCCUACGUACCAAAAACUAAGCACAUGCUCUGUAAAGGCUUUGAUCUAGAAACGCAAGAUGAGAUUGAUGGCCCCGUCAUGGUGGAUAUAUCGGAGUACUACCGGUACGCUGCAUCUGAGAAGAUCUUUCCACCAAAUUUUGUUCGACCUGAAAGAUACUUGUGUCCAGCCGCCGAAAUUGACGAUAUCGACAUGUGCCCAUGCGGUGCUAUUCAGUGCGAGAUGGAGCAUCGAAGCGCGUACAGAAGUAUAUACGACGAACCUCAUUUGAUUAGUGGCAAAGCUCUGGCCGACCAGUUUUUGGAUGAUCUCAGGAUGGAAGAGUAUAUGAAAACUCAAACUCUAUUUAAAUCCAGGCCCAGUCAAGAUAACGAGCAGGACGCACUACAUCCGUCUGAGUAUGUUAUUUGCCACUAUCGAGCUUUCGUGUACGUGCUUAGGUCGCGCAAGUGGGCUCAAGUGUAUGUUGGUGACCUGAAUGAGACAAAAGAGGCAGUGACUGGGUCACCUUUCGAAAAACUGGUGCUUCCAGAUAACCAUAGGCAUCUUAUUCUGUCUCAAGUCGAGCAGCAUUUCCGUCAACGCAGUUUCUCGGGAAAACACCGUCAAGACGACCUGGAUUUCGUUCAAGGAAAGGGCAAAGGUCUCAUUAUUUUGCUCCACGGGCCUCCCGGAGUCGGAAAGACCUCGACUGCAGAGACCAUUGCCCAUUCCUUCAAUCGACCACUUCUACCUAUCACAUGCGGAGAUCUUGGUAGUAAAGCUUCUGAAGUCGAAAAGAACUUACAACUUCAUUUUAAGCUAGCUGGUCAAUGGGGGUGUGUGAUGCUACUCGAUGAAGCAGACGUGUUUCUCUCGCAGCGUGACCGUGAUGACUAUCAACGCAACAGCAUCGUAUCUGUAUUCCUCCGCAUGCUCGAGUACUAUACCGGUCUCCUCUUCCUAACAUCUAAUCGCGUUGGCACAUUUGACGAGGCUUUCAAGUCUCGUAUCCAUAUUAUACUUUACUACGAGCCAUUCGAUAAAGAAACUACGCUUAAAGUAUGGAAGAGUUUCAUCGCACAUGCAGUAUCGCAGAUGAAACUCCGGGAAGAUAUCAAAUUCCGAAUUGAUAAAAACGAAAUCCUUGAAUUUGCACUUCAGCACUUUAGGAAGGAUAAAAAUGCGCGCUGGAACGGGCGACAGAUUCGAAAUGCAUUCCAGAGCGCGUUAGCCAUGGCCGAAUAUGACGCGCUCCAUCCAGAUUCGUCCUCCUCCACUGACACAGAGUCAUCUCAUGAAGAGACGCAUGAGAACCGGGAUAAAGCAAAGAUACAACAAAAAAUAUUGGAGGUCAGACUUGGGAGGAAGCAGUUCGAGGUCAUCGCCCAGACGAUGGCGAGUUUCGACAAGUACGUGCGGGAAACGAUAGGCAUGACAUUCGAGCAGAAAGCUUUCGUGGAAAAACUGCGCAGUGACCCAGAUAUCUUAAUGCGAAUAAGGGACUCAGACUAUCUCAACCCUUUAGCUCGGAUGGAUAGGCUGAACAGGUCAAUGAAAAGUGAGAUUGAACGUCGCCAUAAUGAUGGAAAAAAGGGAGCGGCGACGGAUAGUGAAGAGGAGCCAGUAUGCCGUAAAAGCAAGAAUCGAAAAGUGAAAGAAAGCUCUGAUUUAGAAGAUGAUGGUAUAUUGGCAACGAACAGCGGAAAAAGAAGACCGAAAAAGCAAAAGGAGGAGCACAGUGGGGAUAGUUCUAUGGACAGCGAAGAUGAAAAGAAACAGUCGACAAAGAGCAUGUCAAAGAAAACCAAAUCCUCCCUUGAGAAGGAUGACUACAACAAAAGUGCACAGAGCUAG